CGGCUUAGUAAAUACUGUCACAGUAAGAGGCUAUAGUUUCUCUGCGUACAUCCUAACAGUAAGUACUUCACUUAAUUGAUAGAUAUCGUUCGCGACCACUGCUCUUGCCGCCAAAAAUAUCUGUGCUGCGCUAGUGGGCUACUAGCGGAUGUUGAGCGGAUGCCAAUAAUAUCAUUGGGCAAUGGGCACAGGGCAAUGGGCAUGCACGAUGACAUAGGAUGACCCCACGCUAUAUAGCUUGGAGCUUAAAUUCUAAGUUUCCAGCAUAUGAGACUAGCGCCCUCUGAGAUCUCAUGAUUUAGACUCGAACUCACCACUCGACGGACAACGCUCCAAAUGUCGAACCCACCUCAGCCAUCGCAUGACAUACGCUCCAAAUCUAAAGCUGUGCAGAAUGGAAGUGGUCAACGUAUUUUGACAGUCAAUCUUAUCACACGCUCAGGCUCCCAAAGAGGACUUUCCCGGGGCAGAACAGUGACUACUACGGCAGCGCGUUCCGACACUGUCUAUGACGACCCCUGCACCUCGAGUCAACAGGACGCAGGGCAGUCCAGCGAGUCCACGGGGAACCACAAAGUCCCUGAGUGCAGCACCCGGUCUGGGAACGACAACUCACAGGCAUCCACCUCGGAACUUCCACCUCCUCCCGAAAUACAACUGUCACUAGCAGAAGAUCUGACAGGUCAGAUCUUCGGUGGAAUAAAUGAUUACGCUGCCAGUGGUGCAUUCGCAAACGUUUACAGAUGUGAAUGGAGAAAACCGUCGGGCCCUGUCAAGAAGGUCGCAGUAAAAACCUUCAGGCAUCACACGAAUCCCAUCUCAGAGCAGGACUUAAGAAGGUUUCGACGAGAAACUGCAAUAUGGGCACACCUCGUUCAUGACAAUAUCGUUACACUUUAUGGAACGACAGAGCAGUUCGGGCCAGCCACAGCACUUGUCUCCCAGUGGUUUCCCGACGGCACGCUGUCCCAUCUAAUCAGAGAACAGGGUGCUACAUUAACCAUCAAAUCCAAAUUGAAGCUGCUUCACGGCAUAGCAUCUGGACUCUACUAUCUUCAUUCUUUUCCUGUUGUUCACGGUGACAUUACGAGCUCUAACGUUUUGGUAGAUCUCAAGGAAGGAGAAUACAAGGCUUGCCUAACGGACUUCGGUUUGUCAAAUGUCCUCUGCGGACAUUUAAAAAUGUCCCAAAUUGAAGGAUCAACUGUUCGGUCUGGUGCAGUCAGGUGGACUGCGCCUGAGUUGCUCAGGCCACAUGAGCUCCCUUCCAAUAUUAAACCGACCACGCAGAACGACAUGUAUUCUUUUGGUCGUGUCAUGUUCCAUUUGUUGACUCUGAUUAUUCCUUGGCAUGACAUUGACGAGUACAGAGUCAUUCAAAAAAUACAAAAUGGAGAGGAUGUCCCACGUCCUGAAGUAUCCGAGGCGAUGUCUGACGUCACAGACCCCCGCUGGGGUCAUAUCGAGCAGUGUUGGUCAAUUGAUCCACCUGCUCGUCCAUGUGCCCUAACGGCUAUGAACUUCAUAACGGGGGAGCUGGAGGCUUUGAAACAGGAUGUAAGCUCAUGACUUAUCUCGUCAUGUAGGAGUAGAGUUUCUGACUCUGAUAGGACGUCCUUGAUGACGGGGUACAAGAAAGCCGUCAAAAUCCAGACUUGGUUGCGGAGCAGUCAACUGCACGGUCGUUUCAGUCUUCCUUGCAAACGCUUGUUCCAUCACGCAAUACCGUUCCCUCU